UGGACGCAAAUAAUGAAACCGGUGUAGCGUGGUACUCUUUGCCUCGCUGUAUCGCAUGUGAAGCCGUUGUGCCUCCGUUCUUUCUACGGAUAGAGGCAAAGACUCCCUCCGAUGGUGCAUGUGUGUGAUGGACACCAAAAGAGAAUAGAGAGAGAGAGAGAGAGAGAGAGAGCUCUCUUUGUAUCAUAGUCUCUCUUUCUUUCUUUCUCGCUCUGUGGUCUCUGUUUGUGUAGUCUCACUGUGCAGGUUCAUCAACAAAGCGCGCCCAGUGCCCAACUGGCAGUCUUAAUUUUCAUGUGCACUGAGGAAAGCAAGGAGGUGGGAGGGGUGCCAUCGAGACAGGGACAAAACUAGUCUGGGAAUUGGCUCUGAUGCUCUUCAUUUCUUUCUGCCUCCAGUCUCCCUCCCAAUCCCGCCACCACCUCCUCCUUUCUUCCAGUCGCAUCUUGAUUGUACUACGCCUACUGCCACUGCCACUAUCUUCUCCAUUUCAAACUAGUCCUUGAGGUGAGAGGAGGAGGAGCUGUCUUUUGCCAGAGUGCUUCUCCUAUAUUGUAAUGCUGGGGGAAGGGGAAGAUGUUAGCUCAGAGUGCAGCAGCGGAUGUCAAUCUGGUUGGACCACCUACCUAGACCACUCCUCCAGUGAGCCUCUUGUCUAUAACAUAGGUGGUUUCUUUCAUGGGAAGGAGGAGGAGGAGGAGGAGGAAGACCUAUCCAUGGUCUCUGAUGCAUCCUCUGGGCCACCGCACUUUCAAGAAGAGGAUGAGCAUUGCUUCUACUAUCUUCACUCCAGCACUUGCUUUGGAGGCAAUGGCUGCCUCUGCUCUGCCUUGGUUCCAACAGCUGAAUUGGCCAUGAGUGGUGGCAAAAAGAGGAGAGUCGAACCAAAGCAACAGGGGAAGCAUUCCUCUCUUCUGGAUGACACCGCAAGCUCCCCUCCCUUCAGCUCUUCCAAGACUAGUAGCUUUAGCGGCGACGACAACAGGAGCCGCGGCAGCCAUAUGAUGCCACCCAUUGCAAGCGUUUUGGAGUUCUCUUGUGGCUUCUCCGCUACUCAUUUUAAGAGAAAUCAUGCAGUGGAGAAGCAGAUGGGCGGCUAUCUUCAAUCCUCUGCUCCUGUGAAACCAACCCCUUCAAUACCAGUACCAAGGAAAGAAGGCGGGAAGACCAUCUGCUCGCAAGAAGAAGAAACAAAAAGGAUAAAUGUCUGAAGAUCUCAGAGAAAUCUUGCUUGGUCUUCUGUUGUACUUCUCUCAUCUGUUAUUAUCCUUUUUGUCAUGUCAUUGCAGUGGGAA